AAAUUAAUCACUGCAUCUCUUAAAUUGGUCUCCAACGUGCAAGAAUGAUAUUUCUCAUGGAGUUUGUUAUCAGUCUGUUACUGCUAACAACAAUAAACACUGCCUUGUCGCAGCCUCAAAUCAAUCUGCUAAAUAGAGGCUGCAGUUCGUAUAACGUGACAAAUCUGUUUAGCUUUUUUGGCAAUCUUAACGGCACCAUGACGGACCUCAGGGGACAGCUAUUGAACGAAAACAAACAUUUUGCGACUGCGCAGCAAGCCAGAAGCUCCGACCCUGUCUAUGGCAUGGUACAGUGCAGGAACUACUUAUCCAGCCGGGACUGUGUCGCUUGCUUUGAUGCAGCCGUGUCAUUGAUCCGCAACUGCUCUGCUGCUAACGGUGCUCGUGUUAUAUAUGAUGGUUGCUUCCUCAGGUAUGAGAGCAACAGCUUCUAUGAUCAGACAACCCUCCCAGGAAAUGUGGGGUUGUGUGGAAAUCGCACCGUAUCUCAAUCCGCAAAUUUUGAUACAGCAGUUGAUGGACUGCUAGGAGAUCUUCAAAUUGCAACUCCAAAGAUCACUGGUUUUUUUGCUACAUCCACUAGACAAAUAGCCGGGAGUGUUGGUGCAGUUUAUGCAGUGGCACAAUGUGCUGAAACAUUAACUAAAACCGGUUGCCUGGAUUGCUUAACCGUGGCCUCUAAUAACUUGAAAACUUGUCCGCCAGAGGCUGAUGGAAGGGCUGUUGAUGCAGGGUGUUUCUUAAGGUACUCAGACACGACAUUUUUUCCUGAUAACCAGACCACAGAUAUUUCACCUUUUCUGAGAAGCGGUAGUUCAAGCAAUAAGAAGGCAAUCAUCAUUGGCAGUAUUGUGGGAGGUGUAGGGCUUGUUUUGAUCUUAAUUCUGUUUCUAUGGUACAAACUUUCAAGGGAACGAAAAGCAGCAGCAAGAGGAAACAUACUAGGAGCUACUGAAUUGCAAGGUCCAACAACAUACAGCUACAAAGACUUGAAAUUAGCAACAAACAAUUUCAGUGAAGAAACCAAACUUGGAAAAGGAGGUUAUGGAGAUGUAUACAAGGGUACUUUGAAGAAUGGGGAUAUUGUUGCCGUGAAGAAACUAGCAUUGGACUCCAGUAUAGCAGAGGCAACAUUUGAGAGCGAAGUUAGGCUCAUAAGUAACGUUCAUCACCGUAAUCUCAUCCGUCUUCUUGGAUGCUGCACUAAAGGACCAGAGCUACUUCUUGUCAUAGAGUACAUGGCUAACUCCAGCCUUGACAAAUUUCUAUAUGGUGAAAAGCGAGGGACUCUUAACUGGAAACAAAGGUUUGACAUCAUCUUUGGCACUGCCCGGGGUCUUGCCUAUUUACACGAACAAUUCCAUGUUAGAAUCAUACAUCGAGAUAUAAAAUCAAGCAACAUAUUACUUGACGAUGAUUUUCAUCCUAAAAUUGCUGAUUUUGGAUUGGCAAGACUUCUGCCUGAGAAUCAGAGUCAUGUUAGCACCAAAUUUGCAGGAACAUUGGGAUACACAGCGCCAGAGUAUGCAAUACAUGGCCAAUUGUCCGAGAAAGUAGAUACAUACAGUUUUGGUAUUGUAGUCCUCGAAAUUAUUAGUGGCAGAAGAUGCAAUGAUUUUGAGGCUACCAAUGAAUACCUUCUUGAAGAUGCAUGGAGAAUGCAUGAGAACGAAUUGUAUCUGGAUUUAAUAGACGAGACGCUAGACCUUAACGAAUGUAGGGUAGAAGAUGUCAAAAAAUGCAUGGAAAUUGGUUUAUUAUGCACUCAAUCUCCAGCGUCUUCAAGACCAACAAUGUCUGAAGUUGUUGUAAUGCUCAUAAGUGAUCCAUCCGAAGAACCUAGACGACCUAACAGGAGUGUUCCAAUGGAAUUGUAUAAGAGGGCUCCAGAGGACUCAUCCAUAUCUACUGGAUCAUCAAUAGUGACCGCUACUGCGUCUACAUUCACAGGUCGAUAAAUUUAGUUGAGAGUUCGUGUUUGUGCUCAUUUUGCCCGUUUGCCUAUGAUUUUACAACAUUGCAUAACUCCUUUAUUAGGCCUGCAAUGUUAGGGCUGAUAAUUCAUUUUUGUGUUUUUCUUCAUAAACUUUUACUAUCAGCUAUAUGCUGAAUUACACAUUCUCGCUUUCUUGGAUAA